AUGGUGGACAUCCUCCUCCCGCGGCCGCUCCCGGGCGCCAUGGGGGAGCCCUCCAAGAGGCGGCCGGGGCUGGCCCUGUGCGCGGGCUGCGGGGGCCGCAUCCAGGACCCCUUCCUGCUGCGGGUGUCGCCGGACCUGGAGUGGCACGUCGCCUGCCUCAAGUGCGCCGAGUGCGGGCAGCCCCUGGACGAGACCUGCACAUGCUUCCUGCGCGACGGCAAGGCCUACUGCAAACGGGAUUAUAGCAGGCUCUUCGGCAUCAAGUGCGCCCAGUGCCGGGCGGCGUUCAGCAGCAGCGACCUGGUGAUGCGCGCCCGCGACCACGUCUACCACCUGGAGUGCUUCCGCUGCGCCGCCUGCGGCCGCCAGCUCCUGCCCGGGGACCAGUUUUGUCUGCGGGAGCGCGACCUGCUCUGCCGCGCCGACCACGGGCCGCCCCCCGACGGCGCCGUCGCCCGCGGACCGCGCAGUCCCGCGAUGCCGCCGGCCGCCGCCGCGCACCUCGCAGAGCCGGUGCCCGGGCGACCGCCCGCCCCGCGGCCGCCGGCGCACAAGGCGGCGGAGAAGACCACCCGCGUGCGGACGGUGCUGAACGAGAAGCAGCUGCACACGCUGCGGACCUGCUACGCCGCCAACCCGCGCCCCGACGCCCUCAUGAAGGAGCAGCUUGUGGAAAUGACGGGGCUCAGUCCCCGCGUCAUCCGCGUCUGGUUCCAGAACAAGCGCUGCAAGGACAAGAAAAAGUCCAUUCUCAUGAAGCAGCUCCAGCAGCAGCAACACAACGACAAGACGAGCCUGCAGGGCCUCACCGGGACGCCGCUGGUGGCCGGCAGCCCCAUCCGCCACGAGAGCGCCGUGCAGGGCAGCGCCGUGGAGGUUCAGACCUACCAGCCGCCCUGGAAGGCGCUCAGCGAGUUCGCCCUGCAGAGCGACCUGGAGCAGCCCGCCGCCUUCCAGCAGCUGGUCUCCUUCUCCGAGUCCGGCUCCUUGGGCACCUCCUCCGGCAGCGACGUGACCUCGCUGUCCUCCCAGCUCCCCGACACCCCCAACAGCAUGGUACCCAGCCCGGCCGAGACGUGA